AUGAAUCUCCUCGGUCGCUCCUCGUCCAUCUUCUUAUUAACCGCCUUCCUUGCCGGACAAGGAACGGUCACGUCGCUGAAUCUGGACAUCAAUGACGUUCAAUCCAUCAAGAAUGCCGCCGCGACCACAGCCUUCAAUAUGAUGAGCGACUACCAUGGCAAUGAGACCGGCCAGAUUCCGGGGAAGCUUCCCGACACCUGGUGGGAAGGCGGCGCGAUGUUCAUGACUCUGAUUCAAUACUGGUACUGGACGGGGGAUCCGUCCUACAACGAUGUGGUCACGCAGGGCAUGCUUUGGCAGAAGGGCAACGAUGAUUAUUUCCCCUCGAACUACAGCAACUAUCUCGGAAACGAUGACCAGGUGUUUUGGGGUCUGGCGGCGAUGACCGCGGCGGAGCUGAACUAUCCCGAGCAGAACGGGCAGCCGUCCUGGGUGUCGCUCGCACAGGGGGUGUUCAACACGCAGGUGCCCCGAUGGGACACAUCCACCUGCCACGGGGGCUUGCGCUGGCAGAUCUGGCCCUACCAGGACGGCUACCGGACCAAGAACGCCAUCUCGAACGGCGGGCUCUUCCAGCUGUCGGCGCGACUCGCUCGGUAUACCAACAACGCCACCUACGCGGACUGGGCGGAGCGCAUUUGGGACUGGAGUGCGACCACGCCGUUGCUCAAAGAGUCUGACUGGACGAUUGCCGACACCACCUCGCCGGAUAAGCAGUGCACGGAUCAUGGCGAUCUCCAAUGGACCUACAACUAUGGCACCUACAUCAGUGGAGCCGCGUACAUGUUCAACUACACCAACGGAGGUAGCAAAUGGAAGAAGGGGUUGGAUGGCCUGCUGGGCACCACCUUCUCCCUCUUCUUCCCCUUCCAGAACGGCACGGUGAUGUCCGAAGUCGCGUGUGAGCCGAACAUGAUGUGUGACCGGAACCAGGACUGUUUCAAGGGAUUUCUGUCGUCGUGGCUGACGUUUACGACCACGAUUGCUCCGUACACCGCCGACGAGAUCGUCCCCCGGAUCCAACAGUCGGCGCUGGCGGCGGCCAAACAAUGCUCGGGCGGCGACAGCCACACCCAGUGCGGGCGGCGGUGGCACCAAGACACGUGGGAUGGGACGACCUCGCUCGAGGAGGACAUGAGUGCGCUGAGCGUGUUUUCGUCGACCAUGAUUACCCACAAACAGAUGCAGCAGGCCCAGGGACCACUGACCUCAGAUACCGGGGGGACCAGCAAGAGCAACUCCAGCGCGGGCACGGGGACCGAACACAGCGCGCCGCAAGCGCUGCCCGUUACCACGGGGGAUCGCGCGGGGGCGGGUGUCUUGACGGUGGUCUUUCUGGGCGCUUGGAUUGGGGCCGUGACCUGGAUGGUCUAUGGCCGAUGA